AUAUCGCGCCAGACAAACCAACAAACCUCACCGUCACUAACAUCACGUCUAGAAGUGCUGAAAUAUCUUGGCAAGAUCCUGAAAAUCAUGGAAGAUAUGGUUUUUCACGCUUUUGGAUUGAGCUGAAGAAAGACAACUCUCUAAUUCUGAACAUUACCACAGGAAAAGUGAAUAAAUAUGAAAUAAAUAAUCUCACUCCAGAUACUACAUAUGAAAUAUCUGUAGCUGCUGAAUCUGAUUAUUAUGGUCUUGGUGAAGAGAGUAUUACUUCGUUCUUAACAUCCAAAGAAGGUGAGUGUUUAAAAAAUAGAAUAUGCCUAAUGCAAGGCGGAAAGGCAACAUUAUGA